AUGAAAGGACUGGCGAUUUGGAAGCAAAGAUGUCCUUGUGUCCGAUUUGGUCGGCCCCAACUACGAGGGCCUGUAUCCGCCCCGCCUUGUGACUCACUUACAGUGAUUCGUAGGAAAUGCGCAAAAAUGUCAGACAGUCGCGAAGGCACUUAUGCGCUCAUAACUGCCUCUAUUGUUCGUAUGGCAACUGAGAUUCGCUCAUUCAUUGCUAUGGCUACCUUAAUUACAAGGUCAUUUCGGUACCAGCACCGGCACCGGCACUGGUAUCGACAUCAAAUUCAGCAUCGGCACCAGCACAAGCGCCAUUAG